AUGGCCGAGUACCACCGUUCCAAGUCAUAUUAUCAUCGACUUACCCAUCUUAACAGAAGUCCUGCUUUGCUUUCUGUUACAUUGACGAUGCCUUCCACGAGUCACAUCAACAUCUGGGCUGUUCUUGCUGCCACAGUCCAACUAACUGCAGGCAUUCCUUUGUCACCGGCCGCGACAGACUGCAACCGCGCCGUUCUGGCAGAGGCAGCAGACGCCUAUGUUGCUAGCCAGAAAGCUGGCAGCCUGGCUCCCCUGCAAGAAUUUGUUGCUAGUGGUUGGGAGUACGAGGAGAACAACGAGCGUAUUGAUGCAACGAAGUCCGUUCUGACACAAGGAUUGGCCAUUGACCACCGACGUACUAUCUACGACCUCGUCGACUGUGCCACCUUCACCGAGCUCAUUGCCGCAAACAACCCACAGCCACAUGUGAUUGGCACUCAAAUCCGCCACGGUGCGGACGGCAAAGUAACCCUCAUUGACAGUGUCGCCUCCACAACUGGGUCAUGGCUCUUUAAUGCUCAAAAUACGCUCAAAUACGCCCUUCAGGAGAAAUGGGACAUCAUCCCUGAGGGAAAGCGGGACAGCAGAGAGAAGAUCAAGGCGGCCGGCGACGCCUACAUGUCGAUGUGGGAUGAUGCCAAAGCUUCGAGCCUCGUUCCCUGGGGGGCGCCGUGUGCGAGGUUGGAGGGCGGCGCUUAUACAGGCAGAGGUGAUGAGGACACAUGCAGGCAAGGAAUCCCGACAAACAGUAGCCAGGCACCCAAUACGCGCCGCCGCUAUGUUAUCGACGAGUCUAUGGGGUCUGUCAAUAUUAUUUGUGUUUGGGAGCACAUGAUGAACGCGGCCGACAGUCAUGAAUUCCGCCUUGAGAACGGAAAGGUACGAUAUAUCCACACUAUGACUGAGUGUGGAGGCCGAGUAUGCAGGCUGUAG